AUGUUGUCAUUACUGCCAAUUUGCAUCCUCGGCGUCACGUUUGCAACGUACGGAGAAUGCGAGUCUAUCUUUGUCGCACCUAAAGAGUUGAAUGCGGACGGCUGGGAGGACAACCCCGUUUAUUCGCUCGAUGAAAAUGUCAAGAUCGAGUGGGAGACAGACCGCAAAGGACCGUGCAAUUUAUUUGUGUGGCAGAUCUGGCCCACAGGGCCAUUGACGAAUUACGAAAAGAUUCUAGGGAAUACGACUGAUACGAGCUGUGUAUGGAACGCGAGCUCAUCUACGGUCACGUCUCAGCCAUGGCUAAAUGAGGACUCUCAAAUCCCUGUGUUUCAUUUCUCGUUAUACUCUUCGGAUCUGAAUAUACCUCUGGUCAGCUCUGGUACUUUCAAUGUCUCUGACACCAAGUCGAGUGAACUCGAACCUUCACACACAGCAUCAACAUCAAGCGCAUCCGCAAUCUCGACAGAAACUGAUUCACCAGCAAUCUCACGUCCUGCGGAGUCAUCUCAAAUACCAGCAACGGAGCCGCACAAGUCUGGACUUCCGACGGCAGCGUUGGUGGGAAUCUCAGUGGGUGUCACUGCAGUUGGACUUUCGAUAUUUGGAAUUAUUGGAUUCCUGUUAUGGAAACGAUCUCGUCGGGAUCGUGGGGGCAGUCAAAGCUCGGAAUCUAGCUCUGAUAUACAGGAUUUUUCCAAAGCCGAACUGGGCGGUAAUCAGAUAUUGCAGAUUGGAAGGUCGGAACUAAACUCUGACAGAGAGCCUCAGGAGCUUUGGGACACACAGAAGAUGGCGGAGCUGGGGGAUGAAAAUAAGGUACGGGUUGUUGUAGGACUUCAUGAGGCACCAUAA